CUGUCCACGCGCCUCUGGGUGAAAGGAGCUGGGCAGGAACCCAGCCCUCUGGGCCCCCCCGGGGUGGGGCCAGGCCCUGGGGCUGCUUAUAGCCAGCGGGCGCGGGGCCGGGCAGAGCCGUGCGAUGCCAACACCGACGGCCCCCCCGGGCACGGAGGCGCGGGCGCUGCUGGUGGCGCUGGCGGCGCUGGCCGAGGACAACGCUGCCUUCUUCGGGCGCAGUGCCACAGCGGCCGGGCGGCGCGUGGGCGCAGCCUGCGUGGCGCUAGGGGAGCAGGCGCAGGCACUGGGGCCAGCACUGGCACCACUAAGCCGGGCCAUGGCCUCCUUUGACCUGGACGCAGCAACACCAGGCAAUGGCUGCCCCAGCCCGGGCGCCGCCCAUGCCGAACACAAGAGCCGCUACGUGGCGGUGCAUCGCCGCAGUCCUUUCUUCCGCGCCGGCCACAAUGCCGCCGAGCUGGAGGCCUACGGCGCCGCCCUCACCCAGCUGCGUGCCCUGCUCUACUUGGCCCAGCGCCUGCUGGCCCAGCACCCGCCUGGCUGCCUCUUCCCCGAGUCGCCCAGUGCCGAGACCCCCGCCACCACCACUGCCAAUGGUGCUAGCGCCGGCCCUGGGCUGACCGAACUUAUGCUGCGUGAGUACAGCACCAUGCACAAGGGCUGCUUCUAUGGGCGCUGCCUCGGCUUUCAGUUUACCCCGUCCAUCCGGCCCUUCCUGCAGACCAUCGCCAUCAGCCUGGUCUCCUUUGGGGAGAACUAUCGCCCCGACAACCUGGGGCUUGGGGUGGCGGCGGGGUCGCUGCUGACCAGUGGGAAGUUCGCGGUGGACCCGGAGCUGCGCGGCGCUGAGUUUGAGCGCAUCACGCAGAACCUGGACGUGCAUUUCUGGAAGAGCUUCUGGAACCUGACAGAGACGCAGCUGCUGGCAUCGGUGGCCGGCCUGGCGUCCAGCCCCGUGCGCGUGAGCCGGGCACUAACGGUGCCACCGGAGCCACUGGAGCUGCCACUGGCGGGCGGCCCCACACGCGGCAUCACCAGGACACCUGGGUUCCCUGGAGUGGGCUGGGGCUAGGGCAGGGGCAGGAUACCUGGGUUCCUUCGGGUGCGGGGACCCCAACUCACACCCCGCCCUUUGCAGGACAGUAAGGCAUUGCUGGCACUGGUGGGGCCAGAGGGGGCAGCAGGGCUGGGCCUGGGGCUGGGGCUGGGGCUGGAGCGGUGGCGCCGUGGGCGCCCGGCCCCACGCUCGCCCGCACUGCUGCUGCACUUCCACGGCGGCGGGUUCGUGGCACAGACAUCACGCUCGCACGAGCCCUACCUGCGCAGCUGGGCCCAUGCACUUGGUGCUCCCGUGCUGUCUGUGGACUACGCGCUAGCACCUGAGGCACCGUUCCCCCGCGCGCUGGAAGAGUGCUUCUAUGCCUACUGCUGGGCGCUGCGCCAUGCCGCCCUGCUCGGCUGGACAGGGCAGCGUGUGUGCCUGGCGGGGGGCAGCGCGGGCGGCAACUUGUGUCUGGCGGUGGCGCUGCGCGCGGCAGCAGCAGGUGUGCGGGCGCCAGAUGCGGUGCUGGCCGCCUACCCCGUGACGCUGGUGCAGGCGGCACCCUCACCCUCGCGCCUCCUGGCGCUGCUGGACCCUUACCCCUAUGUCCCCACAGGUGAUGCUACCCCGGCCUGGCAUCAGCUGCUGCUCCUGCCAGCUGCCCGCCUGCUGGGGGGCCGCGGGCCCCCGGCCCCCGCUGGUGCAGCGCAGCCGAGUGCAUCAGAGUCAGUGCCAGAGGUCCCACCAGCGGGACCCCAAUCCACAGGCCGCAGCCACACAUACCAGGACCCAGGCCCGCCCCCUGGCAGUGACCCCCCUGGCACUGCGAGCAUGGGGGCACUGGAGUACCCUGAUGGGUUUGAACCGCUGCGCUCCCGCUACCCUGCAGCACCAGUAGCACUGGAUCUGUCACCCUUGGGGCGCAACCCCUACAUGUCGCCGUUGCUGGCGCCCGACAGCAUGCUGUGCACGCUGCCCCCGCUGCACAUCGUGCGUGCCCCAACCCCCGCUGCCGCCCCGGCUGGUGCGCUGGACCCGAUGCUGGACGACGCGGUGAUGCUGGCGCGCCGGCUGCGGGCACUGGGCCGCCCCGUGACGCUGCGUGUGGUGCCCGACUUGCCUCAUGGCUUCCUGAGCCUGUUGCAGCUGUGCCGCGAGACGCGCGAGGCCACCGCGCUCUCCCAUUAA